CGUGAGAGGAGACGACGGACACCCCGCACGAGUCUGCGCCUUGCCCUCAACGCGGUGCGCUGCAUCGUGCGCAUGCAGGUCGGCGCCCGCGCCUGGGCCAAGCACGACCAGGUACGGCAGCGGCUGGCCGAGUGCUACGACGGCAUGCAGCGCGAAGAGCGGAUCCGCGUCAUGCGGAAUCAGUGGCGCGCGGAGGUCGCGGCGCGGAAGACAUCGACUGGUUCUGCGGCCGGCGUGUCCGGGCACGACCGGAGGGGACAAUCCAGGCGCGGGAAGGAUAAGAAAGGCGGCGAAGUGGGCUGCUGAGUCUGUCUCCUGUUGGAAGUUUGGUUCCUGUUCGGAAAGGUGUCUUUCUUCUUGACUUGGCCUUGCUUGGUGUUGUCGGGUUAAGUGUGCUCAUCAGGGGUCUGGCGUCCGGUGCAGCGUUGGUUGUUUGGGUACUACUCCGCCUGUCUAUCUCGCAAAGGGAAUGGUCGAGCUUGUCUCACCUCGAUUGUGUCGUCUUGUUUUAACAUACCUGUCGUGGUUGGGUCGCGGAGCGGUGUUUUCGGGAAGGGGGAAAGAGGAGGGUUGGGGGGGAUCAAACCAUGUUGGC